UAUAAUAAACAUUUAGCUGAGUGCGGCAGCGCAGCCCGUUUCCAGCUGACAGUCAGCUGGCCGCUUCUGACAGUUGAGAAAAGUUUCAGUGCGCGUCUGAUAUGUUAAUUAGCUCUUCCAAGUGUGCGACCCUAUUGGCUCUUCGUCCGAGUCGAUUUCCCUUUUCCAGCCUGACGUCAGGGCAGCUACAAUCCUCUUAAACUCAUCUGCUCUGUGAUCCCUCUUAAAAAAUCGUCCCACCAGUCAGCGGCUUCUGAACGGAGCGAGGCUGCGUCCCACUGCCCCGCUCCUCGGUUCGUCUCCGCGUAACGCGCUCCUGAAGAAGCCGGUAAAGUGUUAAAUGUUUGAAAGACCAAACCGCCGCGGUUCACAUGCUGAAAAAGGAUUCCGCUGCUCGUGCGCGCGGCACUGCUGUGUCUGUGCAAUAGACUCUGCAAAAGAAAAACUACUCUCACACGCCUGCACGUCCGGGACGCUGAAACGCUCAUUUUUCAGUUUCAAGACAAACGCUUAAAAAUCAAACUGGCUCACGUUCUUCCAAACCAGCCCAGUUUGACAGCUGCUCUUCAGCCCGCUUGGAGGACUGUCAGCAGCAGCAAGAGGAUGGCAUCAGAGCUGGCAAUGAGCAACUCCGACCUGCCCACCAGUCCCUUGGCCAUGGAAUAUGUUAAUGACUUCGAUCUGAUGAAGUUUGAAGUGAAAAAGGAGCCGGUGGAGCCCGAUCGCAACAUCAGCCAGUGCAGUCGCCUUAUCGCCGGGGGAUCCUUGUCUUCCACCCCGAUGAGCACGCCUUGCAGCUCGGUCCCCCCUUCCCCAAGCUUCUCGGCGCCCAGCCCGGGCUCCGGGAGCGAGCAGAAGACACACAUAGAGGACUUCUACUGGAUGUCCGGUUAUCAACAGCAGUUGAAUCCAGAGGCGCUGGGCUUCAGCCCCGAGGACGCAGUCGAAGCGCUGAUCAACAGCACCCACCAGCUCCAGUCCUUCGAUGGCUACGCAAGAGGCCAGCAGUUUGCUGGUGGAGCCGGAGCAGGAGGCACCAUGGCCGGGGAAGAGAUGGGGUCCGCCGCAGCCGUGGUGUCAGCCGUCAUCGCCGCGGCAGCCGCUCAGAACGGAGCGCAGCACCACCACCACCACCAUCACCACCACAGCAGCAGCCACCACCAGGCACCGGGCGUCCAGUCCAACGGCACCUCGGGGACAAAUCACUCCCACAUGCGCCUGGAUGAGCGGUUUUCCGACGAGCAGCUGGUCACCAUGUCCGUGCGGGAGCUCAACCGGCAGCUGCGGGGGGUCAGCAAGGAAGAAGUGAUCAGACUGAAACAGAAGAGGAGGACCCUAAAGAACAGAGGCUACGCGCAGUCCUGCCGCUUCAAGCGGGUCCAGCAGCGGCACGUCCUGGAGGGAGAGAAGACGCAACUCCUGCAGCAGGUCGAUCACCUAAAACAGGAGAUCUCCAGGCUGGUCCGGGAGAGGGACGCGUACAAAGAAAAGUAUGAGAAGCUCAUCAGCACCGGCUUCAGAGAAAACGGGUCCAGUAGUGACAACAACCCUUCAUCCCCGGAGUUUUUCAUGUCAUCAAGAAAAUUCCUCCAUCUGUGAUUUCACUCCCCUCUCCCCUCCUUACGCCUGGAUCCUUCAGAUCCUCUAACGACUGAGCAGUGAUGACAUCAGAGUGGCUGACCAAUCGCACCAAGGCUCCUACAAAGCACAACAUUCAUAAUGAAGACCUGCUAGAAUCCCCUCAAAUUCCUACAAAGAAAUCCACAAAAGCCUCUUAUUGCUCCGGUGUCCUUCCUUGGUAUUUUACCCGCAGCUUUUUUUCCUACAAAAUAUAAAAGAAAAGAAGAAAAAAAAAAUCAGAGACUCAUAAUCAUGAGAUGAUUUACAACAACAGAUAAAUACUUUGGAAAUACUAUUUUCUUUUCAGUGAGAAGAUCGACGAUGCAUGCUGCUGUAAAUAGAUCAUUACAAAAACCCUAUUCUUAUUCCUGAAAAAGGAAACGUACCAAGUUGCUGUCACCAAAAUCAUAAACCUUCAUUACUGUGAAUAGAGUACUCAUGCUUAGGUUUUUCAUUUCAGAUCAGAUUUAUUCUCACAAAAUGUUCGACUAUAAUUUCCGUCCUUUGGUGUUGUAAAAAAAUGUAAUUUUUAAUUCUUCUUAUUCUCUUUAUGUCUCGUUUACAGUCUAGUCUUCCUCUCAGAUACCCACACUAGUACAUGUAAAUAAUGAUGAAGACAGCAGCAUGAAUACAUUGGCAUUUACCAGCCUGUUAGACCCCAGGUCCCACUAGGGCGACAACGUUUUAAUAAGUUUAAAAUCCUGAUUUUUCAGUAGCUAAAUACACAUUUCCAGGUAUCUUGGCCACUUUUUUUUGCACAUUUGAAUAGAUUCGUAAAUACGCUACCUUUAAGUAUUUAUUUUUUACUACACUGAUUUCAUUACCUCGUUUCACUAGGAAACCCUGUCAAACUGACGAGGAAAAGCAGGCUAGGCAUUUGAUUUAGCACCAUUCACCUUUAGUUUCAUCAUUUCAUGAAUGAUUUAAUAGUAAUAAAAAACAAUGUUCUUCCGAUAUUUCUCAUCGCAAUAAUUACCCCGCUCUCUAAAUAAAUAGAUUAACUGCUGUAGCAAAGCUACUGUCGGUCUGAAAGGGACACUUUAUUUUAUUUAUUUAUUUUUUGCAUGGUUUCAAACCGUGCUCCUUUGUUGAGCCUACACAUGGGGGGGGAGAAAUAUAGAUCUCCUCGCUGACUGCAGUGUGGACAUGAGGACUCUGAUUUCCGUCUUCCAUGAACUAUGAAGAUAAGCAAAUGCACUGACAGAAAAGAAGCCCAGCCAAUGACAUGGACAACCUCAAAGAUCGGUCCCUCUCCGGCAAAGACAGAAAAGGUUUGCAUGAACGACAGGGGACAGACAGGAAAAGAAGAAAAAUAAAGUUAAACAGCUACUCUCCGCCAUUGUGCAUCCUCUACCUCUCAAUGUGUGCUGUGCAUCAAGGAUCUGACUCCCCUCUGUUCUCCUCACCGUCCAGUCUUCUGCUGCAUGUCUCCACAGAGCCUCGAGUGGAAAGUCCAGCACUGAAUGCUAUGUAGCAAUGGGGGAAAUCGACAAAUAUUCACUUGGAAACAAAUGCACUCAUUGCUUGUUGCUGUAUAUAUGUACACUAUGACCGAUAUAUGUAGUUUCAGAUGCUGUACUCUGCAUGGUAACUUGUAGAUGGAACAUGACAACUACUCAUAGAUGAGGACAAGCAGGUAGCCAUUACGUUUACUUGUCAAAUCAGUAUAAGUUAUGUCUUCAUUUUUACAUUUUCCUGCCUUGAUUUCCGAAAAUGUUGGAAAAAAAAACAUGACAGAAGCUAUUUUAUGCUUCCAGUUUUUGGUGUGAUACAUUGCCCUCCAGCACAGGGCGCUGCCGUUAACGUGUAAACACUUUGGAGAGAUCCAGCCUUCCUUUUUGAUGCCAGAGUAAACGUGGCGGUAGCAAGCAUGAGGAGCAGAAGAAAGGAGGGAACGUAAAAACGAGAGUGCUCCAGUUAAGUGGCAGUGAACAAAGUGGCAUGAGGCAUCCUGCCAGCAACUGUCUAUUCAUCUUGUGUCAAAGGGAUUUGCACAUUUCAGUGAGUCUACACACUGACAGAGAAGUCCAAGAACAGAGUAGAGCGGGGGUGAACAGAGAGAGAAGGCUGCACUAGAGAGAGGGAGAGAGAGAGAGAGACGUUUAAGGGAAAAUCUCAAAGCAUAUUUUCAAUCAUUUUACUGGAUUGACCAGCAUUUCUGUUUUUUUCUGACCUCCUUGGAGAGCUGAAUAACCUCCUGACCUGAAACUGUUAGACCCUCAUGCAGCUCUCUGGGCUGUCAUGACCUCACGUCCUGUCUGAGGUUAACUUGUGUUAAUGAGCAGAGCCCUUAGCUCAACCAGAUGUUCGGCAUUGUGUGUUUUUUCACUCCACCCUUUUUUUUUAUUAUUAUUAUUUCCUUCUGCAUCUCCCCUCUUUCUGGAUUUAGCUUAAAAAAAAAAGAACCCCACUGAGUAAAAAUCAGAAACCAUUGAUGAAAUCAACUGAAAAACAACUUUUGUUAGCUCAGUACAAAAAAAGUCAUACAGUCGAACCUACAUUAAGCACACUGGAACGUUAUUCCAGCAGACAAAGUGCUUAGAUACGACUUAUUUGGAGUACCAUUGAGUCAGCGAAGAAAUAAUCUCAAAUAAAAUUUUGCACACUGAAUAAAAAUAAAAGUAUUUACAGUCAACACAUUAACAAAUCUGAAAUUAGAAGCUUCGUCUAAACGGCGAUUAUUUAAAGAAGGUUUAAAACUGAAGAGAGGAUGAAGGUGUCGCUCAAACAGAAGACAGACGUGGUACUAAAAAUGACACAGAGUGUGUGUCUGUGUGACUAAAACCUCCUCAUUCUGCACAUAAGUUUCACUAUGUGACAGGUUGGUUUGCUUUUCUGUUUAAUUUGAGUGAAGCAUCAUUCUAAUCCUCGACUGAGACCAAGAUGCAUGCAGUUGUGCUCUUUCAUGUGCUGAGCGGGUGCAAGUGCAAAUGCACACAGAAGCACAUCCCUGUUAUUUUUGGUGAGACUCACGUAGAUCCACAUGUAUGCAGACCAUGCUAAUCUAAACAGCAAGGCGGUAUGUAAACAGAUCGCCUACAUAAUGGGAUUGUUCAGUGUGCAAACAAUAAGCUGUUAGAGUAAUCACGGGUCAAAGAUAUAUUACCCAGAGGGCCGUGCUGUAUGUAUAUUAACAUGAUGGAUAUGUGGAGUGAGGAGGGGAGCAGGGAUAUAGAGUCUUACUGAUUCAGAUUUACCCCCUGUUGGGCCCCGUCCGCUGCCUUCUCUCUUGUACCUCCCUACUCAGACUUCACUUAAUCAGCCUCCCGUCUUCUCCUUGUGCUGCUUCCCAAGCAACUAAUGCCUUCCAAAAUGAUCCUCCUUUUUUUUUUUUUGGCCCAGGCUUGUCUGUAUACCUCAUCCUUGUUCAUGCCUACUGUAUUUUUCAUUUAUUUUCCUCUUGUCCUGGACACAUAAUCUGCUUCCCCAAAAUCAUCAAUCCACCUCUUUAGUCGGUAGGAAACAGGAUAAAGCAGCUCCACAAUCUUGUUUUUGGAUUAAGCAAAGGGACGGCUGAGUGAUAUUAAGCUAUUUAAGUUACUCUACUUGUGUCUCAUGUAUAAACAACAGCAGGAAGAGAGCAUGCACAGCCAGAAAGAUGGGAUUUCUAGAGCCGCUGUGGUGAAGUGUACUUUCCUUCUUCUUCAUAAAAAGAAUGAUUUGUGGAUAUGAAAUCAGUGAGUUAAGCUUGUUAACUUAAUUUAUUAGAUUAUCAUGUAGCCCAGGCUGUCUGCAGGUUAAUAAGUCCAUGUGAUUGUAGCUACACACUCCAUUAGUGUGAUCAGUGGCUAACUCGUGCGUCUGUAGGCCACUGAGGUUGACUCACAUCAGGCCUAAGUAAACACGGAGGCAGAGCAUUGGGGACAAAAACAACCUGCAAAAUAGACUUUUUCUAUUUGAGGAAACUAAAAAUGUGCUUAUGGAAAAACUGACAAUGGUCUAAUAAACUGCUACAAGAGGAAAUUUUUCUGGCUCAGUGGCAAAUGUGUGUGUGCCACUGGUCUUGAACCGUUUGUCAUUCCUUCUACUUAAAAUCCCUUUUUUAGCCCUUCCAUCGCAGUAAAGCCUGUCUUAUUAUUAUUUGAAACCAAUGGUGUCAAAGUGUAAUUUUGAACAUGACCAUGGGAGACUUUGGGAAUUAUGUUGAAAGUUUAGUUGGAAACAGCUGGAUCUUUCACCCGGACCACGCUGUGCAUGUUUCAGCUGUUGCACAGGGCUGCUCUAGUCACACUGUGAUGACUCCAGAAAGGUGGCACGCUGUAACCGUCCAAGAUUUCGGUGAGCCAAACGACUCAAGGUUUUGCUCUAGCAAGAUGAGCGAACUUCCAACAAUUUUAUUAGACUCUGAAACAAACUCCAAAAAGGAGUGGUUCACAUGUUCCUGCAUGUAGCUUCCACUGUUGCUAAUGUUGUUGUCCGCGUCACUCCCGGGGUGUAUUUUCAUUGGUAGAUUGCAGAUGGGAUUUGUAGGUUUUCAUGCAGUGACUGCAGGUCUGACUUUGGUUGUGAGGGUGCUCAAUAAGCCGUUACAGAGCUGGUAACACUGGAUGGCCACAGACAAGCAAAUCACUCUCACGUUCCAGCUUUAUUGUCACGAUUCUGUUCACAAUAAGAGAUUCAGGUACUUAAAGUUCCUGAAAUUGACCCGGAAAUUGGCUCGUUUGGCCCGAGACACGCUCAUACCAGGAAGUUUUGGUAAAAUUACCCUGAAGGUCCAACAAUGGAAACAAUCCUAUUGUAAGUCGUAGCACAGUGAGAUAACAGCUUUAGGAAAUCGGGGGUCAAAGGUAAAGAUAAUUGGCAGAAAAGCAAAUCAAGUCAUCUGUUCUUCUCUAAUCUGUCCCUCCAGGUGUCUUUCUGUGGGUACUUUGCAGUGACACUGACUGCGUUUACAUGCAGCCAAUAUCCGGGUUACGAUCGGGUUAAGGUCGGUAUUCGGGUUUCUGAGUUGAUCAGAAUAACCCGUUUACAAGCAUAAAUAGAAAGAGUUACCCCUAACUUGCAUAACCCGAUUUAAAUGCGGACGUUGGGGUAGCGUCAGGACGUAUGGACUAUGUCAAGACGCAAUAUGCGGUUACCUUCUUGUAUAUUUCGCUGUCUCUGUACUUUCGGCCGUCAACAAAAGACAUAAUGUUCAUACUUUUCACCAGACCGAUGAAGACAGAGGUUUCCUCGUCACUCCAAAAGUGUGGUGCUGUGCCGCGACUCGCCAUGUUGCUCCCAACUUGUUGUUUACUUCCGGUGUUCUGGCGCAUACAAGACGUCUCGCUACUCAUAAGACCAAGAUUCCUUGCGAACAGAGCAUGCGCAGAACACACACUUUGAUGGGGAUAUCCCGAUAUGCAUUUACACCAAACAUUCGGGUUAGAAAAGGGUUACCCCAGGUGUAGUAACUGGGUUUUUAAAAACCCAGUUAUGAGCAUAUCCGGGUUUUUGGCGGUGUUUACAUGGCCGUGCGGAACCGGGUUAUUGUGAAUAUUCGGGUUUUAAAAGGGUUACUGGCUGCAUAACCCGGAUAUUGGCUGCAUGUGAACGUAGUCAGUGCCACGCUAACUCAUUUGUGUAUUUGAGGUAAAGAAGAGCUUCUGAAGUGACAUUUAAAGAGGUGUACAUCUUGAUGCAGAGAUAGCAACGGAUUAAGAGCUGCUCUAUUAGCCAGACGGCAGCAAAGACAGAAUAGGCCUCCAUGUGUCACAGAGCUAAUAACACGGAUGAAUUAUAGAGUUUUAAAGCCCUUACUCCCACCUUAUUCUGGCCUGCACAUAAGCCUGAGCUCAAGGUGGGCAGUGAGCCACGAGGCCCGUUCGCCGAGAUGAGAUUGGGGGUGAAGCCGGGGGUGGAGAGAAUCGGAUUAACCAAAAUGCCUCAAUUGGAAGAAAUGCUCUGGGCUGACCUCCAUGUAAUACCAUUGCCGUAGACUAAAUCUCUAGCUCCUGAUUAGGCGGUGCAGUGAAUGAGAACUUUUAAAUGUGGUGAAAUUGUUGCACAUCCAGUUUUAUAUGUGAAUGUUUGUGAAAGGCAAAGGGCUUGCCUUAAGUACCCAAGCUGUCAUGAUAGAAACAAGCGGACACGGAAGUGAUAAAUUGCCAUAAACUAUUGACAGGUGCCAUUUCAGUCAACACAGUUUAACUGUGCAGUCUGCUUUCUGACAGCUUGAUCUAGUCUCUGGCACCUAAGCUGAGAAAACAGAGGAAAUCGUCAAAAAGAAAAGCAGCUUACAUUGAUUCCAAUUUGCCGUCUUUAAAACUACUGAUGCAGCUAAUGGGAGUUGAAAACAAAGGAUAGAUUUUAAGGUAGCUGAAGGAAGUUGACCUUGAUCAUCCAACGUUAUAAUCGGUCAAAAAGUAAUAGAUUUGAUUUAAUGUGUUCUCUGUGUAAGUUUGGAUUUGGUUUUUGAUGUAGAGUGACGAUAACUUUUGGCUCGAGCUCCUCUUUAUUGGGCACACGCUGUUCUACCUGCUGUGAGCAGGGUGUAAUCCUUCAGCUUUACAAAAGGGAAAAGUUUGUGCCGUCCAGAAAGUUAUGAAUGCCUUCCUUCUGGGCCUCCUACAGAGCAGAGAAUGGGAGACAGCAGGGGACAGCCAUAUGCUAUCAAAUUGUUGUUCACGGCUCCCAUCCUUUGUCUGCUAAAUCUGUUAAAUAUCAAAGACCCAACACACAUUACUUAAAAAUCACGUUUUAAAAAUGUUCUUUCUCUGAAAUACAUUAGAAGGGCUGCCCUGGGCUUUACAUGGUGCAAUUGUUUAAAUAUGUAGCUUCAGUAGCUUGGGUCAGCUCAUCAUUUUUGUUUUUAAAUGCUUUAAAAGUGCUGCUGGAGAACAAUUAAAGGUUUAUGUCUCCUAUCAAAACGAGCCCCUUCGCUGUUACCAAAGGUUAAUUUGCCUUCACCCCCGAUUUCAAAUGUUUCACACUAAAUGUCCACAUUAUUUCCCACAUGUGCCUGAACGAGGGGCUUGAUUAUCAAAAAGGUAGACCUCGGCGAGUGGUGUUAUUAUCAAAGGGGUUGUAAGCUGCAGUAACAGAUUCUAGGGUCUUAUUGCUAUGGCAAUCAGCCCCUUGCCACUUGGCCUUUCCUGACCCCAGUCAGAGAUAAGCUUUAUGGGAAAGCACAUUAACAUACUCUGGCAGUCACCUCCCUCUUUUAUCAAAGGCAGUUCUGUGGAAUCAAGUGUUUAUGGAGCCCCAGUGGGGGCAUGCUGCUGCUGAUUGCCCGUAUUAGAGGUUGACUGUAAAUGAGCUGGAGGUGGACAAAGAAGUUGGAGAAGUGGAGAGAGAUGAGGAUGGGAUACCGGUGUUCCUCCCCACUAAAUGAGUAAUAUCUUUAAUGAGUGCAACAUCCCAUGAGCAGGUUAUGAAUGCCCAGUCUUCCAGACACCGUCUGCACCCCAAAUACAUUCUUAUCCUCUCUUAGAAAAUCCUGUAGAAGCAUACAUAAAACAUGCUCAUGAAUGAACUGUAUAAUAUGUCUUUUCUGUUAACUUGAAGUAGGUGAACAAAAAAAAACAUUGUUUUUGGGUUUUCUGUAUUUGAUGCUAAAAUGUCCUGCUUGCAUUUAUCAUUAUGUUAUUGGCAUUUUACUGUAGGAAGGAAAGGCAUUGUGGUUAAAUAUAAAGGUGGCAGCAGAGAGGCCCCUGCUUUCAGCCUGAUCACGGGUAGAAGAUCCUCUCAGCGUGUCUGCAAUGAUGGAUGGUGAUAGUCCAGUGUCUUUGUACACAACGGGUGGGGAGGGUGGGUGGAAUGGAGGGGGGCUCGCUGUUGUCACCGGACAGAUAUAGUGAGCAGAAGAGAGAAAGAUGUAGCCACAGCUUAAUGUCCUUCUCUGGUGCUGUGCAUGCUCUUUCCUAUUUGCUUUUCCCUUCACGGCAUGGUUAACAUCGUAAAUUAACCUUUCCAAGCCCCCUGUGCUCACAGACUGGCGUACAAUUCAGACAAAGGAGGUGGGGGGAUCUUUGUUAUGCAAUGCAGUGGGCGCAGGUCAGAGACGUAGCUUGUUACAGAGCCGAGCUAGUCUUCUUUCAGCUCUAGGAGAUGAAACAAUAUACUUUGUUCAGUCAAGCAUACUUUAAGUGCAUGUCCUGUGUACUCCGUAAAUCCAUACGAAGCUGCUUUUUGUUCUCCAUCAUAGAAAUGUAAAUGAAACACAUGAGAAAAACUGUAUUGUAGAUCCUCCUUUUCUUAGUCCAUGACUGUAAAUACAAUGUAAAUACCAAAACAGCUAUGCAUGCUAUUAUACACACAAUGUGUUCAGGUACUUUUGUAAUCCAGACUUCCCAUACGGCAUGUACUAAUGGCAACUAGCAAAAAUGGAGAAACAUAAUAAAUUGUGAAUAAUGGUCUGGGUUGUAAACAACUUGGAAAUGGGGAAGAAUAUAUGUCUUAGCUGGUAAUGUUUUCCUACUGAUAAGUAAUGCAUCGGCCUGCCAUUUACUCCAGUGCUGUGCUCAUGUUAUCUUUUUUAUGUUCCAUAAGGUAGGGUUGGGGCAAAACGUGACCGUCAUUUACAAGUCUGUGGAAUGUUCAGCAGGGAAUAUAAUGGGGAAAGGCUGGUGGUUGAACCGUGCAGUUUUCACUUACCCACAGUCGCUGCAUACGCGCAUGUAUGCGGCUAAAUCCUGUUUAUAACAAUAUCGAGGAUAAAAUCUUUAAGCUAAAACAAAACUUGGAUUCCAGUUGAGUUUUCUAACUAAAUGUCAUCACCAGCCUUAGAAAACGUGAUCUAAAGAAAUAAAAACAUGUCUACAAAAAUCUAAGUGUACUCCAAAACACACACACACACACACACACACACACACACACACACACACUCAUAUUAUCAUCAAAAUUCUUCAGAUUGACUCCAAAAAGAAAAGAAUUUGAAAUUCUUUGGUGAACUUGUUUCCUGCUUUUCUAAUAUUAUGUCCAGUGAAGAAAUGUUUAUAUGCCAAAUUUGCCUCUGCCCUAGCAGCUGUAGUGUGAUAUUUUAUGCAAGCAACAAUAAUAGAAUUUUUUUUCCCUUUUUCUUUUUUCUUUCUUUUUUAUUGUUUUGUUUCUAAGAGUGUUUAUUGUAAACCAUUUUGGAACCAUGUAAAAUCCCAAGGCGCUCAUGUUAGAUGAAAGUAUCUAAUUUCUAACCUGUGCUAAAGAUAUUUUAAAUUUAAUAAAUAAACAUUGUAACAAGAAA